AUGGUUAAAAACUUGCUACUGACUUUAGCUGUUGCCAUUGGUGCUACCGUCGCCUAUGGCCAUGGCGGAGCAGCUUUCUACCCACCAGGAACAGGGGUUCAAGAUAUACAUGGUUCUAUGUUUGACAAGAUAGUCAAACAAUCAAACUAUACUUCUAUCGUUGAGUUUUAUGCUCCAUGGUGUGGAUAUUGUCAGAAACUUGCCCCCACGUACCGUAAGUUGGCCAAGUCCCUUACAAACUACGCUGUGAAUGUUGUUUCUGUCAAUUGCGAUGAUAAUAGACAACUCUGUGCCAAAUAUCAAAUAGAAGGGUACCCUACACUCAUGGUGUUUAGACCUCCAAAAUAUGAUAAGCAGUUGAAAUCAGCUAUGAAUGAACCCGCUCUGGAAACAUAUCAACAGAAAAGAGAUGCAAAAAGCAUUCACAAUUAUGUAGUGGGUAGAAUCAAAAACUAUGUUAAAAGAUUACCUGCUCCUGAUACCAAGGAAUUCGCUCAUUGGAUAUCUCUGGAUGAUAAAGGUGAUAAGCUUGUGCUUAUUUCAAAGGCAAAGAUCCCAUCUCCAAUGUUGAAAACCCUAGCAAUAGAUUUCCUUUCCUCGGCACUGUUUGGUCAUAAUCCUAGUAAGACAGAUACCGUCACUAUUAAUGGUGAAAACUAUGAAUUGCCUUUAUUUAUUCACUACAAAAAUGAUUCAAUUAAAAUAUAUGAUGGCGCCUUGAGUGAUAGAAUAGCCAUAACCAAAUGGAUAUCCACUGUCACUGGAAAAUUGCCAACAGAAGGUCCCUUAUCCAGAAAAAAGAAUAAAAAGAAUAAAAAGUCUAAGAAAGUUCAUGACGAACUUUGA